AGAGAUGGCUAUCAUCGACUGUCGGUAAUGGCCGUAAUGGCUGCGCGCUGCAAGUUUCGUGAUAUGUGCAGCGUUUCUUCUGCGAAUGACGAAAUGUCAGAUUCCUGACCAACGUCUGACGCUGCGACAACGUGCCAGAACGCAUUGCCCACUCGACGGGUGAACCAAACAGCACGGGUCUCUUGAAAUCGUUCGUUGCGGGCCAAGAAGGGAGAGAAUUCGUCGUGAGCGUCAUGAACUGCGCCGGCUGACAUGACUUCAGACGUCGCGCCGAGACUUGUCCGUGCAAUCCACAAUUUCAAGGGGAAAAACAAUGACGAGCUGUGCUUCAAGAAAGGUGACAUCCUGACAGUGACGCAAGCCUUGGAUGGGGGCUGGUGGGAAGGCACCCUCCAAGGCAACACUGGCUGGUUUCCUAGCAACUAUGUUAAAGAACACAAGCCCCAAGUUGGCGAUGCGUCUCGGGCUACUGGAGUCCAGGUCCGGGCUCUUGACCACUCACUCAGCUCGAGGCAUCGAAACAUGGUGUUCAAGGACAUCCUGGACACAGAAGCAAGCCAUGUGCACGAGCUUAGGACCUUGAUGAGCAGCUACCUACAGCCCCUUGAGAAAUCUGGCCUGUUAAGUGAACAGGACCUGCGGCAACUGAUGGGCAACCUUCCCACUGUGCUGGAGGUGCACACAGAGUUGCUCGAGUCACUGGAAGGUGUUAGAGAGCAGCCAAGCCGAGAGCAGCGGGUGGGCGGUGCCUUCCUGCAAAUCGCAGCACGGAUGAAGGCCACGCAGCUGGUCUACUGUGCCAAUCAUCCACUGGCCAUUCAGCUCAUGGACAAGCUCAAAGAUACUUUGGGACCGUGGCUGGAGCAGCUUUCACCGCCUGGUGCGACCCUUCUGACCCUGACAACGGGGCUGAGCCGGCCAUUUCGCCGCCUUGACAAGUACCCAGCGUUGCUCACUGAGCUCCAGCGGCAUACCGAGGAGAGCCACAUAGACCGUGGGGACACUCAAAGAAGUGUCUUCGUCUACAAGGAGAUGGCGGCCAGCUGUUCCGCCAUGCGGCGACAGAAGGAGCUCGAGCUGGAGGUACUCGCAGGCACUGUGGAUGGUUGUGAAGGAGAGGAGCUGCAGUGCUUAGGUGAGCUACUGCACGUGGGGCCUGUAGUGCUGUUGACAGGAGAGGAGCGGCGGGACCUUUACCUGGCGCUGUUCUCCAGCUGCCUCGUGCAGCUUUCCCUCUCCAACGGGCGCUUCUCUUACCAGGGCCGCCUCCCUGUACCGGGUUUAACAGUUCUGAGCUCCCAGGAUCCAGCUGACGGCUGUGCCUUCGACAUUCAAGGCCCUUCAGUGCCCCGUAUGACAGUUCUCUGCCGGAGUGCUGAGGAGGCGUCCCAGUGGAAGGCCAAACUGAGCUUCUCACCCCCUCCGCCACCCGCACCCAGCCCUCUUCGACGAGUGGUGGCACAAAUUAGUGCCCCUACACCAGCACCCACUGUCACAGUGGUUCGGCCAAUGGAAACUCCUGUUCCACAGCGACCCUUGCCUGUUAUGAUCGGGCCAUCCACCGAGAGGACACCCUUACGAGAGAGCUCAUCAACAACGCAGAGCGGUGGCUGGUGCCUUCGACCACAUCCACCACUGCGUCCCCGACCGACGGUUGGCCGUGCCCAAAACCGGCAUCACAGCAACAAACGGAAACCUG